AUGGUCCAUAUUCCUGUCCCACAUCACGGAAUUGAUUAUGGCAGCCCAAACUUCGAUCUGCUUGGCCUCUCUUACGUAGCUUUCGCCUUCGUUUACUCUGCACUUGUCCUGUCCGGACUAGUGGCUCUGUUCAAGCUUCGACAUACACAUGCCGUGAGAAUACGCAGCUUCUGGACUAUCUUUGGGUCAGUUAUACUGCUUCAUGCCUAUUUGGUUCUCAUUUUGCUAGUUUACCCGCUUAACGGCAUCUUCAAAUGUGGCUGGGAGUUCUGGACAAUGAGCCUUCUUCUUCCCUUGGGCAUCGCUCUGUUUCAAGCGAGCAAUAUACGCCUGUACGCGUAUUCCAUGACCCAGAAGGACAUUGUCGCACAAAGCAAAUCACUUGUCAAUUGCAACUUCGACCCCAAUCAAAAAAAACCUAAUCAAAAUCGAAAAUUACGGCAUUGGAGUGUCGAGAAGCAGACAUAUGUGGCCAUUGCUUUUGGUGUUAUUGCACAGCUCGUUAUUACCACCAUCUUAUUCUUCGGUUCGAGAAAAUUCCAUUCCUCAUACGGCUUUUUUGCUGCGUCUAUGGCACCUGACGAAUGUCGUCGGGGUUCAGAAUGGAUUCCAUCCGUUUUCUGGCAAUUUCUCUGGGCUACAGUUUUCGGUCCAUUCAUCUUGCUGCGCAUCAGAAAAAUCAACGACGCCCAUUACUGGGCACUACAAACAAGGCUAGCAGUGAUUGCUUGUCUUCCUGGUACCCCUCUAUGGCUCACCUUUGUUUACGCACGAAACCGAAGACUUGAUUACAUCAAUAAAUGGUUUCCACCCUCUGGAUGGUUUCUUCCAGGACUCUUCACCAUCCAAUUCGUCACAAUAUUUUUCCCCUUGUUUGACCUUUACAAAAGAAAACAACUCAACAAGAGGAGAAACAGUAGAAAUGGCAAUGAAACAGCGUCUGCAAUCGAAGAGAAGACUACUUCGAUGAUGACAUUAGAGAUGCGACUCAGGUACGAACCGACCAGCCUGCUUAUCUGGGCUUCUGAGAAAGAAUUUACUGCAGAGAACAUUGCAUUCCUCAUCUCUGUACUCAAAUGGCGCAAAAACUGGAAGACAGAGGCAAGUAAGGGUGUUUUAACAGAACUGCAACUACGGGAGAGAUAUGAAGAGGCAGCCUUGAUCUACUUCAAGCUCAUCAAUCCACAUACGGCGCGGAUGAACAUCAAUAUUGACCAUAAAACAUUCGCAGAACUGCGCGACAUCUUCAAGGGUUGCCAUUAUCAAGCAUUUCCAAAUAAUGAUUCUUCUUGUCCUAAGAGCUCCAGCACGGUCAACAAAAACGUCAUCGCGCCGUGGGAGAACUCUGAUUCCCAUGAAAAUUCCCUAGAAUUAAGUUCUUUUCGCUAUUUUAAUGUGGGAAACAGAUUGAUGUCUGACGAUAUUGACAAACUAUAUCGUGUUCCCGUAACGGAGAUAUCGCCGUAUGAGGAUAAAGCAAAUUCGAUACCUGCAAAUUUCUCCAUUGAGAUCUUCGACAGGGCGUUCGAGAUAAGGAGCAUUUGCUUGUAUCAUAUGCAAUAUGUCGUGCAUGGAAAGUCAAAAACACCGAAAUCUACCAAAACAGAAUGCAAAGAUUGA